AUGGCCUCCCGCAGCGACCAGGUUUGCGGGGCCUGCAAAAAGCAGAAGCGGCGCUGCGAUAAGGUUCUCCCCGAAUGCAGCUUGUGCCGGCGAACGGGGCGCGUGUGCGAGUAUGUCACUGCCGCCGAUCCUCAGCCGACCGCUCGCGACUGGGGCUCCAUGCAGGCACGUCUCACUGAGCUUGAGAACCGCUUGACCGGCUCGCCGGCACCGAGCCAGACCUUGACGUCCAGCAGCGCCGUAUGCGCGCCCCUCGAUAGCACCCGCAGCCCCGGGCCGGGCAGUGUGACCUCAUCGUUCCCAUCUGUCGACGCCACGCCUGCCUCCUCCAUCGUCGAGGAUCCGGGCCCGUAUUCGGGAGUCCAGUUUCCCGCGUCCAUGUUCCUUGAUGUUGACUGCUACAUCUGGUCCCACGCCCGGCUGCCUGCUCCCCGCGGCGCCAUUCCUGCGCCCGUCCUGGCGCUUCUCAGCCAAGGAAACGUCGUCCUCGACGUGUCGCGCGACUACUUUGCCACAAUCCACACCUGGUUACCGAUGGUGUCCAAGAAGAGGAUGGACAUGGGGCUUUCGUUGCAGAAUGCUGGCCCCGACCUCGCCAUGCUGUUUCUCGGCAUGAAACUUGCCACAGCGCCCGCGACCGACGUCUCCGACUGCACCUUGUACGCGACGGCCAAAAACUUCCUUGCCCGCCUCGAGAGCAACGGUGCCGUCUCGCUACUCUGUCUUCAGGCCAUGAUCUUGGUCGCUUUGUACGAGUACAGCCACGCGAUUUAUCCGGCUGCGUGGAUGACCAUCGGGGCGUGCGCACGGUACGCUGACGUCUUGGGCCUUGCCCCGGGCGAUUAUCCCAUCUUGGGUCAACCUACAACCUGGACAGAUGCAGAAGAGAGGAGGAGGGUAUGGUGGAGUAUCUUUAUCCUCGACAAGCUCGUAUCAAUGGGUAGCAGAAGGCGCUGCCUAGUGCCGGACCCGGAGCCCGAGGGCAGGUUGCCGGUCGACGACGAGGCAUGGGACUGCGGCGAAGUCAGCAAGGCCCUCGGCCACUCAACUUCCACGCCUUACCAGAUGGAGCAAUCUGGCUUUGCACGACUGUGCCAGGCCUCGAUCUAUCUCGGCCGCGCCAUAAGUUACGCACGCGGGAACCCUGGGAUGAGCACGUCCCACGCCGCAGAGAUCAUGUCCCUAACCCACGAGCUCACCAGCUUCGGCGCGACUGUGGACAAUGAAAGCAGCGCUUGCGGUUUCGAGCACCGUUUCACCCUCCUUGGCCCUCGGUGCAUUGCCCGCUCAGCGCUAUUCGUCGCCCUUGAUCGUCUUACCUGCCCGGAGAAGAUGGGUGCAGAGCCUGGCUAUGUCACCCAACAGGGCGCAAAGACACAGCACGAGCUCGAGCUGCAGAGGCAGUCGAUGCAGGUCAUCGAAACGGCGAGCGCGCAGUUACACACGUUAGGGAUGGACGUGUUGGCCAUGCUGCGGUCUGAAGGUGGUGUCGCGCAGAAUCGGGCACAUUCACUGGGCCUGGUGAGCCCCUUCAUCAUGGAGUCCCUCUACGCAGCGGCAGCGACGUUCCACUGGCUGCUUGGGGAGGGCGGGAAGGAGGGUUACGGCAAGGCUGCCGAUGAUCUGGACAUGGUCCUCGACAUGCUGAGCUCGAGGUGGCGGCUUUGUGGCGUGUACAGGGAAUUAUUGAUGGUGUAUAACGUCUCCGCAAGGCUUUCUCGCACGAAUGCGGCCCCACGGCCGCACAGUUACGGAAGUGCGGCCGCAUUCCCGCAGCGAUCGGCCGCAGUGGGUCCCGGCAAUCCCGCGCCGUUGCGGCUGCAUUCCUUUGACAAUUCUCAUGGUAGUGGAUCACAAUCUGCAAAGCCCCAUUCGCCCAAUAUGAGCAUCCGCCGAAGCACCAUUAUUCCCCACAAGCCGACUCUAACAGAGAAGAACCUUCCUGACCAAACAGGCAAGGUCUUCCUGAUCACUGGAGCAUCGGGCGGUCUCGGGAAGGAGAUUGCUUCGAUUCUAUAUCAGAAAAAUGCCAAGAUCUAUAUGGCCGCCCGCUCCCGGUCCAAGACGAGCGAGGUCAUCAAGGAGAUCGAGGCAACCCAUCCAACCUCGACUGGACACAUGAUCUUUUUGCCGUUGGUCCUGGACAACUUGACCACCAUCAAGGCCUCAGCCGACGAAUUCCUAGCACAGGAGCGCCGCCUCGACGUCCUCUACAACAACGCCGGCGUGAUGGUGCCCCCCCAGGGGUCCAAAACCGUCCAAGGCUACGAGCUCCAGAUCGGUGUGAACAACCUCGCCCCAUCUCUCUUCACCCACUUCCUGCACCCCGUCCUUGCCGCCACGGCCCAGAUCGCCCCCAAGAACUCGGUACGCGUGAUCUGGGUGUCCUCCAGCGCCGCCGACAACGCCCCGGUACCUGCUAUCGACUUCACGAACAUGGACUACCACAACGAAGAAGGGAUCUGGAGCAAAUACUCGCGCAGCAAGGCCGGAAACGUCUUGCAAGCCGUCGAGUAUGCCCGCAGGACGGCCGGCCAGGGCAUCAUCAGCAUGUUGCCUAACGACGCUGCUCGUCCUACAGUUUCGCCUUUCGGAAAGAUUGAGCCGGCUCGUAAGGACCUCCUUGAUCCUGUCCUUGGAAAGCAGUACUGGGAGUGGACUGAGGAGCAGAUCAAGCAGUACAAGUGA